AUGUACUACUCGGACCAGCUGGGCAUUGAGCCGAGCGCGACCGACGAGCUGCACUGGACGCUCGAGGUGAGCGACCUGGGCAACCAGAAAUGGCACUACGGCCUGCAGAAACCCUCGGCAGUCGAGAAACACCUUUUGCAGGCUAGCAGGCCCGUCCCCAGUGGGAACCCGUCGCUGGACGACGCGAUCGAGAAGGCGGCCGCGUACUUUGCCGGCGUGCAGCACGAGUCCGGCACGUGGCCCAUCAUGUACAAAGGCCCGAUGUUCAUGACCAUAGGGUACGUUGCGGCGGCCAAGUUCACCGGCACCGCAAUCCCAGAUCACGUGACCCGGGAGCUCGUGCGGUACCUUGUGAACACCGCGCACCCUGUUGACGGCGGGUGGGGGCUUCACGAGACGGACAAGUCGACGUGUUUUGGCACGACGAUCAACUAUGUGGUUCUGCGGCUUCUGGGGCUCAGCGCCGACCACCCGACGUGCGCCAAGGCCAGAAAAACGCUGCUGGCCAUGGGCGGAGCCACGGGCAACCCGCACUGGGGCAAGAUCUGGCUGUCUGUGCUGAACCUGUACAAGUGGGAGGGCGUGAACCCUGCUCCGAGCGAGCUGUUUGCGCUUCCCUACUGGCUGCCGAUCCACCCCAUGAAGUGGUGGGUGCACACGCGCGCCAUAUAUGCUCCCGUGUCGUAUCUGUACAACCGCAAGGCCCAGUGCGAGCUGGACCCGCUUUUGGAGCAGAUCCGUGCCGAGAUAUACACACGGCCGUUUGCAGAGAUCGACUUUGCCGCGUGCCGCAACAAAGUGUGCGGCAUAGACCUGUAUUAUCCGCACACCAAGGUUCUGGACGUGGUGAACUGGAUGAUGGUCAAGUACGACCAGUACCGGCCACAGUGGCUUGCCAAAUGGUCCAACGACAUCGCGUACGGCCUUGUUCUGAAGGAGCUCGAGAACACCGACAACCUGUCCAUUGCCCCCGUCAACGGCGCUUUCAACACCAUCGUGGUGUACAUAGAAGAGGGCCGCAGCAAACGGUUCGAAAGAGUGGCCGAACGGCUGAAAGAAGAGCUGUUUCUGAGCCCUAUCGGGAUGACCAUGAUGGGCACGAACGGCUCGCAGGUCUGGGACAGCUCGUUUGCGGUGCAGUGCUUCCAUGUGGCACAGGUGCAGGACCACGAGGCCGUGGCCACCGCGCACGACAGAGCAGUCGACUUUCUGCUGCGGUCGCAGUUCGACACCGAGUGCGUGCCCGGCUCGUACAGAGACAGGAGAGUCGGCGCGUGGCCGUUCUCCACCAAGGACCAGGGCUACACGGUCAGCGACUGCUCGGCCGAGGCGAUGAAAGCGGUGCUGAUGGCCCGUCCCGCGGACGGAGAGCUGACUCAGCGCUUACAUAAGACAGUCGACGUGGUGCUCUCGCUGCAGAACGUGGAGUGGAGCUCGCGGCUGAUGUCGUACUACGGCUCGUUUUCGACGUACGAGAAGAUCAAGGCGACGCCACUGCUGGAGCUACUGAAUCCGGCAGAGGUGUUUGGCAACAUCAUGGUGGAGUAUCCGUACGUCGAGUGCACGGACUCGAGUAUAUUGGGGCUGGUGUAUUUCCGCAAGCACAGCGACUACCGCGCCGCCGACGUGGAGCGGGCCAUCUCGCGCGCGCUGCGCUACAUCGAGAACGCCCAGAACCCGGACGGCUCGUGGUACGGCUGCUGGGGCAUCUGCUAUACUUAUUCGGGGAUGUUUGCGCUCGAGGCGUUUUCUGAGACGGGUCACAACUAUGCCAACAGCGAGACGGUGCGCAGAGGAUGCGAGUUUCUGGUCAAGCGGCAGCUUGCUGACGGCGGCUGGGGCGAGUCGAUGAAGAGCUGCGAGACACACACCUAUGUGAGCACCAAGGAGUCCAAUUUGGUGCAGACUUCGUGGGCCUUGAUCGGCCUGUUGCUGGCAGAGUAUCCUGAUCUGACGGUUCUUGAGCGCGGAGUUCGGCUGCUGCUCCAGAGACAGGCCUCUGACGGCAGCUGGGCAACCGAGGGUGUGGAAGGGGUGUUCAACCACUCGUGUGCGAUCGAGUAUCCGAAUUACCGGUUUAUUUUUCCGAUCAAGGCCCUCGGUCUCUACAGACGGAGACUGCGUCGGGACGGCCGUGUUUGGAGAUAG